GGUCACCUCAUGGAUGGAAGCUUCUACUACAGAACUUGAUUCCAUCUGCUGCUCCGAUGUUCCAGGAGCUGAAGCACAGUCUGAGCUGUGGAUGCUGAGGAAGGAUAAGGAGCUUGCUGAGGAAGGACUGGCAGAGCGGACACCUACCUGGAGAGACUGACGGAGAAAGCAGUGACACAACAGAGUCAUUUUUAGAGGAAAACCUCAUUUCACCUGCAGGGGUGUGUGGGUGGAAGUAAGACUGCACCUAGUAAAGAACCCUCCCCAUUGAUUAGUAUUGGUCUUAAGUCAGAGGUCAAAUUGAUAUUUAUUUUUACUAAAUCCACAUCCCGACACCAUGGAUGUGAGAGGCUUUCUGGGCUGCCUCCUCCUCACUGCUCUGCUCUGCUUAUCAAACGGUGGUAUUGUUAAGAAAAUCCUACGUCAUCGGCGACAGGCUCUGACACCCUCCAAAGGACAGAACGUCACCCUCCCCAGUGCAGACCAUCCUGUGGUUUUCAACCAUGUCUAUAACAUCAAUGUUCCGGCCAGUUCCCUUUGCUCAGUGGACCUGGACGCACCGGAGAGCACACCUCUCCAUCCCAAAGACGCACCAGCCUCAUCGGGCCAUCACCACACUGAGCAUACCGUUGAUGGCGAGAGCCAGAUCGUUUUUACCCAUCGAAUCAAUAUACCUCGGCAGGCCUGCGGCUGUAACGAAGACCUGCCCGGCCUGAAGGAACUGCUGAUCCGGCUGGAGUUGCUUGAAGGUGUUGUUUCAUCUCUGAGGGAUCAGUGUGGCAGUGGCGGUGGUUGCUGCAGUGCACAGGUUUCAGGUGAAGUGGUCACAAAACCUUACUGCAACGGUCACGGCAACUACAGUGGUGACACCUGUGGCUGUGUAUGUGAGCCUGGUUGGAGGGGACCCAACUGCUCUGAGCCCAACUGUCCUAGCAACUGCCAGGACCGAGGACGCUGCGUGGACGGAAAGUGUGAGUGCUUCCAGGGUUUCUCUGGAGAGAACUGCACACUCGACGACUGCCCUGUGAACUGUGGAGUUCAUGGCCGCUGUGUGGGCGGUCUUUGCUCCUGCUCGGAUGGUUUCUUUGGGGAAGACUGCUCUGAGACCAACUGCCUCAACAACUGCAGAGGCCGCGGCCAUUGUGAUGAUGGAGACUGCGUGUGUGAUGUCCCCUGGACAGGUACUGACUGCUCUGAGCUCAUCUGUCCCAAAGACUGCUAUGACCGUGGGCGCUGUGUGAAUGGCACCUGCUACUGUGAUGAGGGCUUCACUGGGGAGGACUGCGGAGAUCGCACCUGUCCCAAUAACUGCCAUAGUAAUGGUUUCUGUGUUGAUGGACAGUGUGUCUGCACUGCUGGCUACAGCGGAGAGGACUGUUCUCACCUCACUUGCCUCAACGACUGUAACGACAGAGGUUCGUGUGUACAUGGAAUGUGUUUAUGUAACGAAGGCUACCAAGGUGAAGACUGCAGCCAGUUAGUGUGUCAAAACAACUGUAACAACAGAGGCCAGUGCAUAAAUGGACAGUGUGCAUGUGAUGCCGGUUUCCAGGGCGAUGAUUGCUCUGAGCUUUCUUGUCCCAACAACUGUCAGCACAGAGGGCGCUGUGUUAAUGGCCAGUGUGUGUGUGAGGAAGGCUACGCUGGGGAGGACUGCAGCAUCAAGUCCUGCACCUCAGACUGCUACGGCCGCGGCGAGUGCAUUGACGGACGUUGCGUAUGUCAUGCAGGCUUCAAAGGUGACGACUGUGGUGAGCUGAGCUGCCCUAACAACUGCCAAAACCGUGGCCGCUGCAUCGAUGGGCAGUGUGUUUGUGACGAAGGUGUCACAGGAGAGGACUGCAGUCACAAAGCUUGUCCCAACGACUGCCUGGCCAGAGGUCACUGUGUAAAUGGCAAGUGUGUCUGUCAGGAAAGCUACUCGGGAGAUGACUGCUCUGUGCACGCCUGUCCAGACAACUGCAACAACAGGGGGCGCUGCAUCAAAGGGAGGUGUGCAUGUGAGAGUGGAUAUGAAGGAGAGAGCUGUGCAGAGCUGAGCUGCCUCAACAACUGCGACGACAAAGGCCGAUGUGUGAAUGGUCAGUGCAUGUGUGAUGAGGGAUACAUCGGCGAGGACUGCUCCAGAGUGUCUCCUCCAAAGGACCUUACUGUUGACGAGGUCACAACUGACACAGUGGACCUGUCCUGGAAGAAUGAGAUGUUGGUGACAGAAUACCUUGUGACGUUUGUGCCCACCAUUCCUGGUGGUCUUCUCCAGGAAAUCACUGUGUCUGGAGACAAAACGUCCGCCACUGUCAAUGAGCUUGAACCUGGCAUUGAGUAUAUCAUCAGUGUCUACGCCGUUCUGAGCAACAAGAGGAGUAUCCCUGUCAGUGCGAGGGUGGCUACAGCUCUACCACAGCCACAGGGUGUAAGAUUCAAAUCUGUCAGAGAGACCUCAGUUGAGGUAAUGUGGGACCAGCUGGACAUCUCCUUUGAUGGCUGGGAGAUCUAUUUCCGCAACACGAAAGAAGAGAAUGGAAAAGUUGUGAGCGUCCUCCCGUCCUCUCAGAACCAGUUUCUUCAGUCUGGCCUUGGACCAGGGCAAGAGUAUGAGGUCUCCAUCAGCAUCAUCAAGAACAACACAAGAGGACCACAAACAUCCAAAACAGUCACUACCAAGAUUGACGGCCCUCCUCAAGUGGAGGUGAAGGAUGUGACGGACUCCUCAGCACUGGUGAGCUGGUCUCAGCCAGUUGCUCCUGUGGACAGUGUCACUAUGUUUUACGGGCCCACCUCGGACCCCUUUGACAAAGUCAGAGCAGUGAUUACUCCUCCUGACAAGCAGUACAGCAUCGAUGGUCUGAAGCCGGACACUGAAUACACAGUGUCCCUCACCUCAAGCAGCAGAGACGUCACCAGUGACCCUGUCACUACCACAUUCAUCACAGCCCUAGAUGCACCCAAGCACCUGCAGGCCGUGACCCAGACAGACACCAGCAUUACUCUGGAGUGGACCAAUAGUCAGGCAGAUGUUGGCAGCUAUCGAGUGAAAUACAGUCCAAUCUCUGGAGCAACUCAUGGUGAGGAAGUGUUCCCACAAGGACCAGGAGGCACCACAAAAGCUACUAUCACUGGGCUUAACCCAGGGACGGAGUAUGGGAUCGGGGUGACCGCCAUGAAGAAUGAGAGAGAGAGCCUCCCAGCAACUACAAAUGCAGAAACUGACAUCGAUCCUCCCAGAGAGCUUGAGGGAACGGAGUCCACAGAGACCUCUGUUGCUCUGAGGUGGCAGAAACCUUGGGCCAAGUUCACUGGUUACAGGCUGGUAUAUGUGUCCGGAGAUGGCCAGCUGGAGGAGGUCGAGAUCCCAUCCACAGCCACGAGCUAUGUCAUGUCCAGCCUCACUCCUGGAAUGAGCUACACUGUCACACUGACCGCAGAGAGGGGACACAAGAAGAGCGCACCUGUCACCCUGGCUGCAAACACAGCCUCAUUCACAUUUUAUUUAGCUGACACAGAUGACCAUGAGCUAACGACUUCCACAGGCUCGGAGGACAAUUUCAUUAGCUUUGUGAAUUUAGAAACCUCUGAGUCCCAGUUCUCUGGGAUGGAGCCUGAGGAGGAUGAGCUUGGAUUGCUGACCGUUUCAGGCGUCACAUCUGAUGGAUUUGAACUCUCGUGGAGACUAAACGCUCACAGCCUUUAUGAUAGCUUUGCAGUAGAAUAUAAAGACACUCUGCGAUUAUGGGAUGUGGGAGAGGUCCAGCUUCCUGGAGAUGCCACUGGCUCUAGAAUCGGAGGCCUGACGGCAUCGACAGAGUAUCAGAUAAAACUUUAUGGAAUUACAAGUAGCCAGAGAUCUGCGAUACUUGAAGCUGUUGCAGUCACAGCGCCCAUGCCUACCUCACAAGACGUACUUAUGCUGAGCAUCAAAGAUGCCACUACAUCCCCGCAAUCUGCUCUGGAUAAUGACACAGUACUAACCCCGGUUACCCUCCGUCCUGUAAACACUGAGGCUCCUUCCACCUCUGAAAGUACAGUGAUGAGCUCUGAGCCUCAGCCUGAAAGCCCAAACCUGGAUGUACUGGAGAACCUCACAGUCACAAACGUUUCCUCCACUAAUGUAAGCUUGGCUUGGUCUGUGCCCGACGAGUCAUUUGAAAGCUUUUUGGUGGCGAGUUCUCCAACAGAGGAAACACAAGCCCAUGUGGCCACAUUACCAGGAAGUGUGAGGAAGGCUGAAAUAGAGGGUUCAUCUCCCUCUACACAAUAUAAUAUUACAUUACAAGGGCUGGUGGAGGGAAAGCCAUCUUUGCCUCUCAAAGAUUUUGCUACUACAGCAGGGGAGUUGAAGCCGGAGGUGGUGAACUUCACCAUCUCUGACUUUACAUGGGACAGCUUCACUGCGUCCUGGAGCCCCGUGGGUGGGGAAUUUGACGGCUUUGUUAUUGAGGUAACAAACCUGGACAAUUUCGUAGAGAGCCAGAACCUCACACUGUCUGGAGAUGCUUUAAGCCUGGGAAUCUCUGGGCUGAAUCCCAACACCAGCUACAUGGUUGGCCUGUUUGGAAUGUAUCAGGGCUCCGUCCUUGAACCUGUGUACAUUGAAGCCACCACAGUGAAUAAGCCAGUGGUUGGCAAACUAUAUCUAUCAAACUUAACAUCAGAGAGCUUUUCAGUCUUCUGGAACAGCUCUGAAGGAGAGUUUGAUGGUUUUAUCCUGGAGAUUAUUGAUUCUGACUGGCUGAUGGAGCCAGUGGAAUAUAACAUAUCCCACAAUGUAAAGUCCCAUGAUGUCACAGGGCUCAGGCCCAGCACUGAUUACAUAGCCUACCUCUAUGGGACAUACAAGGGAUCUCGAACAAGUGCUGUCAGUAUUGUUGCAUCAACAGCUGAAGAGCCUGAUUUGUCCAGGCUAGUUGUUUCUAACAUUACCUCAGACAGAUUCUAUCUGUCAUGGCGAACACGAGAAACGGAGUUUGAUAACUUUAUUGUAGAAGUCAGAGAGUCUGCUUUGCCCUCGCAGGCAAUGGGGCGCGCUCUACCAGGAGACGUGCGCGCCACAGUCAUGGCCGGGCUCAAAGCGAGCACUAGCUACAACAUAAAGCUGUACGCCAGCUCUGGUGGUCAGAACACACAGCCCCUAUUUGCUGUAGCUACAACAGAGGAUGUCCCACAGUUGGGGCCUAUAGGUGCUUCAUCUAUGAGUCCACAUAAUCUCAGCGUGUCCUGGAGCACUGUGUCAGGCCAUUUUGAUGAAUUUGUUAUCCGGGUCAGUGACUCCGCGCAGCAGUCUGAUCCACUGGAGUUCAGACUGCCUGGUGAAAUCCGUAACAUUACAGUCCCUAACCUGAUGGAUGCCACAGGCUAUGACAUUGAACUGUAUGGUAUUUCUCAUGGGCGCCAUACUCCUUCUGUGUUAGCUCACGCCAUCACAGCCUCUUUGCCUAAAGUGGAAAACUUGAUUAUUUCCAACAUAACCCCCUACGGCUUUCGGGUGUCGUGGGAGGUGAGACAGCAACAGCAGCAGCAGCAGCAGCAGCAGCAGCAGGAAGAUUUACCCCCCUCUAGUGGGGGUUUCAGCCAUUUUCACAUAGUGGUAACCGACUCUGGCUGGCUACUGGAACCUCAGGAGUUCACUGUGCCAGGAAACCAAAGUCACCUGGACAUCUGGGGCCUCAUCACUGGAAUAGGAUAUGAGGUCAGGCUGACUGGGGUGUCAGAGUCGGGGCUUCUCUCUCGGCCUCUGACUACAGUGGCUGUGACAGAGGCAGAGCCGGAGGUGGAGCAUCUCUUUGUCUCAGACCUCACUGCUGACAGCUUCCGUCUGUCAUGGGCGGCUGAUGAAGACCUGUUUGACAGAUUUGUGAUAAAAAUAAGAGACAGCAAAAGAUUGUCCCAUCCUCAAGAGUACAGCGUCCGUGGUGAUGAACGUACCAAGGUUUUAACUGGACUCAUGAGUGGCACGGAGUAUGAAAUCGAGCUUUAUGGUGUCAGUCUGGACCAUCGCUCCCAACCUAUCACUGGGGUUGCUCAGACAGGCCUGAGCACUCCACGAGGACUUCACUUCUCUGAAGUGACCGACUCUUCAGCCGUAGUUCACUGGUCCAUGUCGUCCUCUUCUGUGGAUAGCUACCGCAUCACCUAUGUGCCCUAUGAAGGAGGAAGCCCCAUGACCGUGUCUGUGGACGGCAGUGUGUUUGAGGCUUUGCUGCCCAACAUGAUCCCUGGAAAGGCUUACCAAGUGACUGUCACUGCUGUGAAGGGUCUGGAGGAAAGUGACGCCAGCACUGACACUAUAACCACAGCUUUGGACAGACCUCAGGGUCUGAUCGCGCUUAAUGUCACCGACACUUCAGCCUUGUUGCUGUGGCAACCAUCUGUGGCCACUGUUGAUGGCUAUGUCAUUACAUACACUACUGAUUCAGUGUCGGCGGUGGUGGAGCAUGUUUCUGGAAACACGGUGGAGUUUGAGAUGGGUUCUCUGGCUCCAGGAACCCACUACACAGUUGCAGUUCACGCUAUGAAACAAGCACUGAAGAGUGACUCUGCACUGACUGAAUUCACCACAGAUGUGGACCCUCCACGUGAUCUGACAGCCACUGACAUUCAAACUGACAGUGCUACUCUCACAUGGAAACCUCCACACGCCGCUGUCACUGGUUACACACUCACCUUCACCUCUGCUGAUGGUAAAUUCAGGGAAGUGGUGCUAAGCCCGACGGCCUCCUCUUACAGCAUGGCUCAGCUAACCGGUUCUACGGAAUACAGUGUGAGGCUUCGGGCCAUCGCUGGACCACAGAGGAGUCGACAUGCAACCACUGUCUUCACAACCGUCGGACAGUUGUUCAGACGGCCCAGAGACUGUGCUCAGAUAUUACUGAAUGGAGAGACGACUUCUGGUCUGUACACCAUCUAUGUGGGUGGAGAAGAAGCUCAGCCACUGCAGGUUUACUGUGACAUGACCACAAAUGGGGGCGGAUGGAUGGUUUUCCUCCGACGCCAGAGUGGAAAGCUGGAAUUCUUCAGGAACUGGAAGAACUACACUGCUGGCUUUGGUAACAUGAAUGAUGAGUUCUGGCUCGGUCUCUCAAACCUCCACAAAAUCACCUCCUCUGGUCAUUACGAGCUACGAGUGGACAUGAGGGACAAGGGCAAGUCAGUCUACGCUCAGUAUGACAAGAUCACGAUUGCAGAACCAAGAACACGAUAUAAACUCUACGUCGGAGCAUACAGUGGAACGGCAGGUGACUCCUUGACUUACCACCAGGGUCGACCGUUCUCCACCUUUGACAACGAUAACGAUAUCGCUGUCACCAACUGCGCCCUGUCCUACAAAGGUGCUUUUUGGUACAAAAACUGUCACCGCGUCAACCUCAUGGGGAAAUACGGCGACAGCAGCCACAGUAAGGGGAUCAACUGGUUCCACUGGAAGGGCCACGAACACUCGAUUGAAUUUGCAGAGAUGAAGAUCAGACCAGCCAACUUUAAAAAUUUAGACAGCAGAAAAAAGCGAUCAUAGACUCGUUAAAGCUUGUUCUCGUCUCCGCCUCGACCCCCUGCUUCACCAGUCAUGUACUUCAAUGUUCCCUCAUCUCUUAAGUAUCUAAAUAAUCUAAAUUAUUCAUAAACCAUACUGGCAGUGUUAAAUGAACCCGGUAAAUUUACAACAAAAAUUGAUUUUGUGUUUUGUGUGAGUCUUUAAAUUUGUGUGUUCUCAAAGUUUCAGGGGAAAAUAGGUGUUGAGUUUAAGUGUGAAUGGACAUGAUAUUGGAGUUGUUAUUGGGACUUAAACGACUGCAUUCACAUGAGAAUUCAUCGUUAAAUUGUGUAAACUGAAUCAUUAACAUGUCAAAGGCACAUAGUCAGGGCGUCAGGCCACAUCCUUCACAUGAGGGGAUUCAAUUCAGAGUGACAAAUGUCACUAUAUAAAAAUGUAAAAUUCAUUUCUGAUUCAUUUGCAAAUCCUUAGCUAAGGAGUUUCCUGAAAAGAAACAAUCAUAGGUAAAAUAGAGUGCGAUCCAUCCGUAUACUUUUAAUUGUUAAGCACAAUCAUGACUUAUGAUCACUCACAAGUUUCCAGUUGUGAGUUUUAAAUGUUUAAAGUGAGUAAAUUCUUUUUAAGGAAAUUCAUCUGUAAGUAAAACACAAAACUUAUUAAAUGACUGUAUAAAAACAUUGUGAUUAUCCUGUGAUUAGUACAAAAACACCUGGUUCUGAUCGAGAAACUGUAAUGGAAUGAUUUGAAAUUGACACACAUUUAAAAGUGAGGCUUAAAUUAUAUGUAUGAAAUUAUUGUGUGUGUCCUCAGAAACAAAAUAAAACCAUAAAAUAUUUUUUGUACAACUGCAGCUACUUUUCAGGCCUCUAAUACAAUUGAAUUAAGUGUUGUUUUUGUUUUCAAACAAAUCAGACGCUCUUUUAACCACAACCUUCAAUGUUCAAAUGUUAUGUGUAAGGUCUAUAAUUCUGUCCAGCAGAUGGCAGCAUUUACUAUAUGUACUCAUGGUUGUUCAUGAUGGAUUUGGUUAACUGUUGCUAGUCUGGAGAAUAGUUUAGAGCACAAAUCAUAAAUAAUUAACAGUACCAUCUUCAGAUGUUUAAAAGAAAUGUGUUCAGUGUUCUUAGAAAUGGCCUUUGAAGUCAUUUUUAAAAGUCUUACACCACUAUGUAAUGUAACUGAUCCCAACUACCUUUUAUUUCUGAGUAUACUACUUUUUAUCUUGCUGUAGGUCCAGCAGUAACUCAAUUUUAAGUUUUUCGUAUGUUAGUUAGGUCAAUUUAUGCCUUGUUUAUGAGUCUGAGUCGUGUUUAUGGAUUAUCCUGCAUAUGUCAUCAUGAAUUUGCAGAAGGUACAGAUACAUACGUUACUACAUUCAUGGUCCUCCAUUGAAUUCUCACAUUUGUGUCAUAUACAGAAACCUGGUGGAGAGCAAAUAAAAUAUCGUUCAAUGUUA